AUGUCUAAUUUGGCGAAAAAGAGAUUAAUUCGGGACUUUAGAAAAUUGCAAGCUGAUUCACCUUAUGGAGUUAGCGGCUCCCCAAUAGGGAAUGAUAUUAUGAAAUGGCGGGCGGUUAUUUUUGGACCAGCAGACACCCCUUGGGAGGGAGGCACCUUUCAGCUGGAACUUUUAUUUGGAAAUGAAUACCCAAACAAACCUCCCAAAGUCAAAUUUCUGACCAAAAUGUUUCACCCAAAUAUAUACAUGGACGGAAACAUAUGUAUUGACAUUCUCCAGAAGCAGUGGAGUCCUAUUUACGACAUUUCUGCAAUACUGACUUCCAUUCAGUCCUUAUUGAGUGACCCAAACCCGAACAGCCCCGCUAAUCAGGAAGCCGCCCUGCUCUUUGUGGAGAACAGAAUUGAGUAUAACCGAAGAAUUAAAAACUGCGUUAAAGAUUCAAUCAGUUUUAUCGACCACAAGGUGCAGGAAGAGGAGGAAGGAAAGGCUUAA